AUGACAAAAGCUUCGAUGAUGGACGAGUAUCCCUACAAUCUGGGGUCAUUCAAGAGGACCAUCACCACGACCAGCCCGGAAGCCCAGACGUGGUUUGAUCGUGGCCUGACAUGGGCAUAUUCCUUCAACCACAAAGAGUCAGCCGCGUGUUUCAAGCAGGCCAUCGUGCAUGAUGAGUCUUGUAUGAUGGCCUACUGGGGAUUGGCCUACUCUCUUGGUCCCAACUACAAUCAGCCUUGGGACUUUCUCGGCAACGAGUUGAAAUCCGUUGUUGAGAACACAUACCGAGCUGCAUGCAAAGCAAAACAGCUUGCCGCCAAUGCAUCGCCUGUGGAGCAGGCUCUCGCAAAGGCAAUCGCUGCUCGCUAUCAGAGUGACCAGCCUGCCAAUAUGGAACAGCUAGCUGCCCAGAAUGUCGCAUACGCUGAUGAAAUGCAAGAAGCAUAUGAAAGCUUCCCUGAUGAUUUGGACGUGGUCACUCUUUAUGCCGAUGCAAUGAUCAGCCUCACCCCCUGGAAGCUGUGGGAUUUGGUCACUGGAAAACCAAACCCUGGAACCCGGACUAUGGAGGCGAAAAGGGUUCUCGAGAAGGCUCUCGAACAGAAAGAUUCCUUAAAGCACCCUGGACUUCUACACAUGUACAUCCAUCUUGUUGAAAUGUCGCCUUUCCCAGAGCUUGGCUUGAGGCCCGCUGACCACCUCCGCGAUCUUGUUCCAGAUGCGGGCCACAUCCAUCAUAUGCCCUCUCAUUUGGACGUCCUGGUCGGAGACUACCGCAGUGCUGUGCGUGGUAAUCAGCGCGCCGCAAUUGCCGACGAAAAAUGGCUGCAAAUCGAAGGCCCUUUUAACUUUUACUCAGUUUAUCGUCUACACACUUAUCACUCACUUAUUUACGCAGCCAUGUUUGCCGGUCAGAAGCAGGCUGCCUUUGACGCUGUGGACCGCAUGGAAGCGACCCUACCCUAUAAAUUGCUAUCCGCCAUGUCAGACUACAUCGAGGUUUUCAUGUCUGUACGCGCUCAUGUCAUGAUUCGAUUCGGCAUGUGGGAUGAAAUAAUCCAGAUGCAAAUCCCCACAGACCCGGAAAUAUAUUGCAUGACGAUAGCCAUCACACACUAUGCCAAGGGUGUAGCAUACGCGGCUACCGGAAAGAUUGCGGAGGCAGAGCACCAACGUGAACUAUACCGAGCAGCGCGGCAGCGAGUUCCAGACACCCGCUUGGACUGGCCCAACAAAUGCGUCGAUAUCCUUGGGGUGGCAUCAGAAAUGUUAGAUGGGGAGAUCGAGUAUCGCCGCGGAAACUACAAGGAAGCAUUCGAAGCUCUGCGCCGUUCAAUUGAGUUGGAUGAUGGGUUGGGAUACAGUGAGCCCUGGAGCUGGAUGCAGCCAACCCGCCAUGCAUAUGCUGCGCUUUUACUAGAGCAAGGUCAUGUGGAGGAUGCGGCAGUUGUCUACCGUGCGGAUCUGGGUCUUGAUAGUACUCUCAUUCGUGCGCGACGGCAUCCGAAUAAUGUAUGGGCUUUGCAGGGCUAUCAUGAAUGUUUGGUGCGUCUUGGUCGGACUGAUGAGGCAAGUGUUAUUCAGCCGCAGCUGGCUAUUGCGGCUGCUGUUGCUGACGUUCCUGUGACUUCGUCUUGCUUCUGUCGAUUGGAUACUUUCGAGGCGCCUAAUGUUGGGAAAAGGUGCUGUCAAUGA